AUGCUUGGUGAGCUGCACUGCAAUAUUGCAGCUGACAUCGUCAAGUUCCGUGAAGAAAUUAGUGGUGUACCAGCCGGACUGCAAAACACAGAACAUAACACUGCCGCACAAAAGACCCGACUCGUGGCAGUGGAGCAGCAACUCCUAGCCCUGCAAAAGGCCCAAAGGCAACACCAAGACAGCAUGGCAGUGCUUGAAGAUAAAAGGCGUUGGAAGAAUGUCAAAGUCCUUGCCUGA